GAAUAGAUAAAUAGUUACGUUUGAAAGGCGUCUGCUGUCACGCUUUCUUUGUAUGUACGUGUUUCUGGUUGAAGUAGGGGGAAAAAAAUGUCGCCUGGUGCAGCUGAAGGCGUCACGAGGCGUCCCCUCCACUCCCCUCCCUGUGUCACGGGUGGCGACGAUCCUUGGCCACGGAGGGAGACGAGGCAGUGACGAGUGAGUGAGGCAGGGAGUCGGUGUUCAGUGUGGAGAGCGUGAGCGGCUGUGGCGGAUGGAAGCUGUGCCCGCCUCAUGGCCACACUGGUCCAGGUAGUGGGUGUGUGGGCGUGGGUGGUGGUGGUAGUGGUCGCGGCGCCCCACCACACCCCGGCGAGGCAGCUGAGGGUGAGUGACGGGACUGAGAGGAGAGGCGAAGGCUUGCACUCGCUGACGGGAAUAUCAUCUCGCGGAAGACGACACGCGCCUCUUGACAAAGAAGACGAUGACGAAUGGGAGAGCUCGUUAGCGCCGCCGAGGAAGCGUUCAGCGGAGGAGCAACCUGUCAGUGACCAGCCAUUCAAGAGAGAAGCCCUGGAAGUCAACAUAGGCACGGGAAUAUUAGUGAAGGGAGCAGGAACCACCCAACGACCAUUUAACUUCCCCCAGAGCCCCACGUACUCUCCCACGCAGCCUCCGGACCUCUCCACUCAGCGCCCCAUCAUCUUCCCGGAAUCUGGACCUCAAGCCACGCCCACGCCCCCCAUCAACCCCACCCAGGUCCCCCCUACGAUCUUUCACAGUCCCUUUUUCCCCAACGAUCUUUUCCCACCGCCCGGAUCACGCCCGAAUCCCUCAGACGGAAGUCCCCCCAAGCCACCCAGCCAGAACCCUCCUUCUCAGAGACCAUCCCGUCCUUCAGAUUUCUUUCCCGGGCAGACUACACCGAAUUCUCACUUUGUUCCAAUUAUACCCACGAGAAGACCGAAUAUUAUCACCAACACGCCUUCACUGAGACCAGUUUUCCCCAAUACGCCUCCCCAAGGAUCAGUUUUCCCCAAUACGCCUGCUCAAGGAUCAUUUUUCCCUAAUACACCUCCACAAGGAUCAGUUUUCCCCAAUACGCCUCCUCAAGGAUCAGUUUUCCCUAAUACACCUCCUCAAGGAUCAGUUUUCCCCAAUACGCCUCCUCAAGAAUCAGUUUUCCCUAAUACACCUCCCCAAGGAUCAAUUUUCCCUAAUACACCUCCUCAAGGAUCAGUUUUCCCCAAUACGCCUCCACAAGGAUCAUUUUUCCCCAAUACGCCUCCUCAAGGAUCAGUUUUCCCUAAUACGCCUUCCCAGGGACCAGGACGCUUCCCUAACACUCCCCAAAGACCUGUGGGCUUUCCCAUACCACCAAAUCAAGGCCCUGACUAUAUCCACCCUACAACACGGCGCCCCAAGUUCCCAGGGUUCCCGAUCCCUCCCUCCCCGACUACCAGGAGGCCGUGUAGCUGCAGGAAUCACACCACAAACAUAAAUCCAGCCACACCAACUAUUCCACCCACGACUUUCUUUUCCCCGUCUCCCGUUGCGCCGUUCUUCCCCACCGUUGCUCCUCUUUUCCCAACUGUUGCCCCGCAGUUCCCCACGCCCACGUCCGCAUCCGCACGCCCUGUCACGCCGAAUCCUGGUGGUUUUAGACCGUCCUUCAGACCUACAUUCACCCCGGUAGCUGGUUUUCCCGUCUUUCCGAACUCCCAGUCUCGCCCAGUCCAUCCUAACUCUCAGCAUCGUCCCGUUCUCUUCAUACCCACUAACAUCAGGUCGCCAGAUGUCCUUCGCGUGAAUCAGCGCCCUGUGUCGACCAAUGGCCUGCCUCGCUUCCCAGCAGUCAAUGGGCAAAGCUUCAUCACGCCACACUUCCGACUGUUCAUCCCUCACCUGCCUACCCAGGGCGUGAAUCAAGUCAAGAACAACAGUGACAAGUAGAAAUGACCGCUUGAAAGGAUGACGGAAAGUUAUUUUUCCUACGUGCCAGAACCAGAAGCAUACAUAGACUCCAGUGAAAGCUGGUGAAAGACUGGGGCGCGAGUGCGACGUCAAGUGAGGCGGCGUUGGGAAGGCUGCGAGCACCGACAUCAUACAGGACCCAUACACGUCAGAGUCUUGACCGAAACCAAACCAAAGCAGCUGCCACUCGGUGAACCCCGUCAUUUCAACCCAAGGAAAUUUAAUAAAUAUGGAGCCCCAUGAGAACAUCGCACCUUGUCAGUGUCCAUCAGAUUUUGGGGAAGAGUUGCCAAGGGAAAUGUAUUUGGCAGCCAAGCACGGACAACUGAGGAAGAUAAAGCAGUAUCUGGGGAAGGGCCAUGAUGUGAAUGCCUGUGAUGAGGACAGCUGCAGUCUGCUGGCCAGCGCGUGCAUCGCCAACCGCCUUGAAGUGGUGCGCUUCCUCCACCGCAUCCCACACCUACACCGCAACGUGAAGGACUGGUCUGGGGACACGCCUCUCAUGCACGCUGCUAGGAUGGGACACAAGGAGGUGGUGGAGGAGCUGCUCACGUGUCCACACCCAUGUCGUCUGAAUAUUGACAUCCAGAACAGCUACGAGGACAAGGCAGAGAGCAUUGCCAUUGCCAGCAGCAAUGAGGAGAUAGCCAGGCUCAUCCAGAACACUCGUCUGCCCAGACUUCAGUGGCAUCCCGACCUUUGUCACACCUUAGUGCCUGCCAAGAUGCCUGAGGCUGAGGUCACCUUUGAGUGCAACAUCUGCCUGGAAGAAUAUGACACCAGGGAGCGCCGGCCCCGGGUCCUGUCCUGUGGCCACUCCCUUUGUACAACUUGCAUCACGUGGGAGGUGAUGACGGGCGGCUCCUGCUUCUUGACGAACCAUAUGCGACGCUGUCAGCCAAGGUUGUUUCUGUCUUUACCCAUGAAACCAUUCCUCAAAAGACUUAAAGCAUCCUGGAAGAUAACUCCUUCUCUGGGCCCAAAGAUCUCUCAGAUGUAAGCCAGUAACUUCUGUCAACAUCAGUGAAUCAUACCUGCAUCUUCCAAGGCUGAGUGAAGAUUUUGUGAAUCAUACCUGCAUCUUCCAAGGCUGAGUGAAGAUUUUGUGGUGCCUCUUCCUAAAACCAAGACAAGUUGUCAAAGGCAGCCUCAGAGCUUCCUGCAAGUUGGAUGCCCAAUUUGGGGGGUGGCAGCGAUAAAGGAAAGGAACAACAUAACGCAUCUGCUGCAAGAUCUGGAAAGGAAGGGGGUGGUUGUCGUCAAUAUUGGCUGUGAUUGAAUGCUGUGAAGGAAAAUUAUCAACGUGAGGGGGAGCUGAGUGACUGUGGUUCGUAAACAUAGUGUGGGGGGACAUCCCAUGGGGGUCUGUGCGCAGAGAGAGAGAGAGAGAGAGAGAGAGAGAAUGUGAGGGGGUGUGUUGAGUGACUGUGGUUCUUAAACAUACUGUGGGGGGACAUUCUGUGGGGGUCUGUGGAGAGAGAGAGAGAGAGAGAGAGAGAGAGAGAGAAAGGGGGGCAAGGGGGAGUUGUUAUUAUCCCCUACAUGCUUGAUGGUUGCAGUGUGGACUACUACUGUUGAAGAUGCCCUGUUUCUGCUGUAGCAUCUCUCUUGAAGGCCUCAACAUCUUGACUUCUGGUCCAUCGUCUUCAGGUGCUUGCAAGGGAGGAUGAAGUUUGUGCCUUGUUGGCUGGGCUGGGACAAGGAUUUGCAGGAAGUGUCCAGCCAGGAUGUUCGUUAAUUUCCUGACUUGACCCCACCAAUCAGUCGCCUCCCAUCAUUCCUAGAUAAAGUUGGGAGUUGAAUGAAGGAGACCCACCUUCGGAACCAAUACAAUACAAGUUUGAUGACCAUAUCAGUCUCCUAUUUCCAACUGAUGCUAUAAUUAUAGGCACUACUUGUGACAAUCUCUCUCUCUCUCUUUUUUACAAACCACUCACACUCACCACCCCCUCCCUCACCUAGUUCACCACAACCAAUACAGAACACCACCUGCCAGUAGCCUCUCAUGAAUCAAUAAUGCAUCCCUAUCAUCUCUCUCUAUCCAUACCACACAUACCCCUCCUCCACAUGUACUUCCAGCAAUCUUGCAGCAGCUUUCUUCUCUCCAUCACUGCCCAAUCAGGUGUCUAAUUUGCAGAAAGCUCUGAGGCUGCCUUUAUUAACCUGGAAACAGAAGCUUGUAAUUAUUAUAUGAAAACAUGUGCAAGUUGUGUUUUUGCCUUAUUGGAAAUAAACUUGAUGAUAAGAA